AUGGUUUCUAUUCAAUACACAUUGGCAAUAUCUACGUUUUUAUUUACCUUGGCAGUAGCAAGUCCAAGUUUGCAAAGCCGAUACGACGAAUCUCAAAUUAUGCGCGACUGGUAUGGAAAUCCUAGCGGAAUGGUUGACACUCAAUCGGUAAAAGAAAAUCCAUACUUCGGAAACGGUCUACCACAAGCUCAAUAA